GCUUUAGAAAUCGGCUCAGCGACAGCCAGAGAAGCAAGCGUGCAGAGCUGCGCUUGUUUCUUGUCGUGCGGUGCAAGAAACGCACUUUUGCAAGGUGGAAGUAACUUUUAUCCUCUCAGGGAAGAGUUAUAAACGACCCGGUUUCCAAAUCUGGUUGAAAGACUGACGGCAGACGAUAAUCAUGUCGGCCUCAGCGGCGAAAAUCAGCAGGAAGGAGAACUCAAAUCACGACGGAGCGGACGAGACCUCUGAAAAAGAGCAACAGGAGGCUAUUGAACAUAUUGAUGAAGUACAGAAUGAAAUUGACAGAUUGAACGAACAGGCCAGUGAAGAAAUCUUGAAGGUAGAGCAGAAGUACAUCAAAUUACGCCAGCCCUUCUUUCAGAAGCGAUCAGAACUCAUAGCCAAAAUUCCCAACUUUUGGGUCACAACAUUUGUCAACCAUCCACAAGUUUCAGCUCUACUGGGAGAGGAGGAUGAGGAAGCUCUUCAUUACUUGUCCAGGGUGGAGGUCACUGAGUUCGAGGAUAUCAAGUCUGGUUAUAGAAUAGAUUUUUAUUUUGAUGAGAAUCCGUACUUUGAGAACAAGGUUCUCUCCAAAGAGUUUCACUUGAAUGAGAGCGGGGAUCCUGCUUCGAAAUCAACUGAAAUUAAGUGGAAAGCUGGAAAGGACCUGACGAAACGCGCAGGUCAGAUGUCAAACAAAGCCGGGAAGAAGAGGCCGCAUGACGAGCCGGACAGCUUCUUCACCUGGUUCACCGAUCAUUCGGAUGCAGGGGCCGACGAGUUGGGAGAAGUCAUCAAGGAUGACAUCUGGCCAAACCCGCUGCAGUACUACCUGGUCCCCGACAUGGAAGACGAGGAGGGCGAGGGUGACGGUGACGGUGUUGGUGACGACGACGAUGACGAAGAGGAGGGCUUGGAAGAUAUCGACGAGGGGGAUGAAGAGGAAGGGGAAGAUGAAGAUGAGGAUGGCGAUGGAGAAGAUGGAGAGGAUGAUGGUGAGGAUGAUUAAACCUCAAAACGAUGUUUCAGCAGACACCUUUUCCUGGUCCUUUCUCCAUUAUCAUCCUACAACCCAUGGGAGCAAGAAUUUAUUAUUAUUUUUUGUAAUUAUUAUUGUUAUUUUAUUUUAUUUUUUUCUCUUAUCCCCCCCCUCCCUCGGUGCCGUAUGCCUGUCCGUCCUCUGUUCCCCUGCAGCCACAGCCUGUCCAUAACGCAACGUCUCAAGAUAGUUCAGUAGUCCACAACGGGUCUGCAGCGGGUGGGAGGGUGAUCAGUGGCUAUCUGGAAGACUCGCCUAUCAUUCUUAUAUUACAUCUCCCAAAGACAUGCAAAAGAAUAAAAAAAAAACAAAAAAAAAAACUUGUAGCAUUCUGCACGUCAUCCUAUGUAGGUUUAAAUUAAAUAGCAAUUUCUAUGUAAGAUAUGAAAAUACAGUUUCUGUUGUGCGUUCAAUAAAAAUAAGCCAUGGUGCAGUGAUAACUUAAUCAUAGCAUCCUUAGCCACUUUUUAUAUAUAAAUGUAUAUUAAAAUAUAUCUCCAGUGGUGGGGGAGGGGGGGUACUAAGACUCACUAGACUUUGAGUUUUCCUUUGUGACUCAUUGUACUAAUGGAACUGAUUGAAAGCACCAGCUUGUUCCUUUCAACCAUUGUAAACAUUUUUUGGAUCUAUAUCUCGCUAUGACAGUUGUUAUUGUACACCAUCUAAUGGGGUGGCGUGGUGGGGCAUGUGGGUUUUUGACAACUUUGGAUUUAUGUUAAUUGAAUUUUCAUUAUAUUGUGUUUUCUUUCUUUUUGUUUUUCUUUUCCAGACACCCACAAAGUUGUAAAUUUACAUUUUUUUAUAAAACCAAAACAAAAAAACUGUUAUAAUAUUGAGCUUGGCUUAAACAUUUUGAGAUGGGAGAGUAAAAGACAUCUGUAGAAUCUCCCAAGGAGUCUACAGUAUUUCUCCUGUUCCACUGGAAAACAACCUGUUCACAUUAAAUUAAGUGUACCAGUUGCUUUGUUACAAUAAAUAAAUGUAUGCACUA